AAUUUCUGAGCGAGUCUUUCUAUCUCAUCAUCUGGCCAUCUUCUUCUCUUAUGGGUAGCGAGUUUUGAGUUCUAAUAUCCAGAACUUCCCAAAGAAAGAGAGGCAGGGACCAGACUCUAGUGUUUAGGGUGAACUGAAUGUGGAACCUGUUGUUGAAAUUGUCCAACCUGAACAAGCUGUUGUUGAUGCAUCGUGCUAAUGGUAACGAGGAAGAACUGGUAGAACAAUGUACAUAGGUU